GGCGAAUGUCCCAAAUGGGGAAUGGUGGAACUUCAAGGGUCCAUCGAAGUCCAGAGCCCAAUGCAAAACCAACUCCGUAAUCUGGAGAUUGGAUUGAUGUGCGCAACAUCGCCGGGCUCUGCACGCUUAACAAUUGGCUACCAUCAGCUGGAGGGAAAGCGAGUGGCUUUGAAAAAGCCGCUGGUCAUUUUGAAGAAGAAGGUAUCGACACUGCGGAGCAGCAGCAGCACCAAGGCAGAAUCUGAAAUCCAUCUGUCAGAGGAGGUGGGCAGUCAGGGCGAAGCGCAGGAUAAGCCUGAGAGAUCAAGUGUGGAGUACUUGGCGAUUGGUGUGAUCAAACACAAGUAUCUGUUCAAGACAAGGCCAAGGGCAAUUAUCUCAAAACCCGACGGGAAGAACCGUCCUUGGUGACCUCAAAGAUGGCCUGUGCAACUUGCCUGUGAAAGAAGAGCGGCACUGACGCUUCCCAGAAUGGAUAUGGAGCCAGCACCGU